AUGCAAACAUUACUUCCAUCCGGUGCUUACAGUCAUAAAAUGGACGUGUUCAAUCCUCGCCGGCAGAAGGAGAAGGUGGUGAUCGUAAUGGGAGCAACCGGGACGGGGAAAUCGAGGCUCUCGAUCGACCUGGCCACCCAUCUCGCCGCAGAAAUCAUAAACUCUGACAAAAUGCAAGUCUACAAGGGGCUUGACAUAGCCACCAACAAAAUAACCGAAGAAGAACAACGUGGGGUACCGCACCAUUUGCUAGGGAUACAUGAUCCUAAUGCAGAUUUUACAGCAGCAGAUUUUUGUGACGAAACCUCACUUACCAUUGAAUCCAUUUUAGGCCGCGAUCGCCUUCCAAUCAUCGUUGGAGGCUCCAAUUCGUACAUUGAGGCCUUAAUUGAUGACUAUGACUAUAAAUUUCGGUCCAAAUACGAAUGCUGUUUUUUAUGGGUAAACGUGUCCACGCCGGUUCUGCACUCAUUUGUGUCAAAACGGGUGGACAAGAUGGUCGAAAAUGGGAUGGUGGAUGAGGUGAAGGAGUUCUUCCAUCCCAAUGCGGAUUACUCGAAAGGGAUUCGAAGGGCAAUUGGGGUGCCCGAAUUCGAUAAGUACUUUCGGUAUGGGCCAUUUUUGGAUGAAGAAACUAAAGCUAGGCUACUAGAACAAGCAGUGGAGGAAAUUAAGAAGAAUAAUUGCAAAUUGGCCUCCCGCCAACUGGAGAAGAUUCAAAGACUUAGAAAUGUUAAAGGGUGGAAUUUGCAUCCUUUGGAUGCCACGGAGGUGUUUCGAAAGCGCGGCAAGGAAUCCGAUGAAGCCUGGGAAAAGUUUGUUUAUGAGCCAAGUGCUCAGAUUGUUCGUCAGUUUCUGUACAAUUAUGCCAAAGUUGAGGUCCCUGUCAAUCUUGGUGCCAUGAGGGUCCCUAUGGAAAGUGCAGCACUCGCUGCUGCAACUCACUAG